AUGUUUUACACCGGUGGGCUUCCGUUUAACUUUGCAAGGAACCCACAUUAUCGUAGUUCCUAUGCAUUUGCUGCUACUCAUAGCAUUCCGGGUUAUCUUCCUCCUGGAUACAAUGCUUUGAGAACAACAUUUUUGCAAAAGGAAAGAGCUCAUGUUGAAAGACUCUUGAAACCAAUUAAGGACUCUUGGCUUGAAAAUGGUGUAAGUAUAGUUUCUGAUGGAUGGUCAGAUCCACAAAGGAGGCCUCUUAUUAAUGUUAUGGCUGUAUCAGAUGGGGGUCCAGUAUUUAUAAAGGCAAUUGAUGGGUCAGGUGAGUUCAAAGAUAAGCAUUACAUUGCUGGGGUGUUGAAGGAUGCUAUAAAAGAGAUUGGACAUGAAAAAGUUGUACAAAUCAUCACUGAUAAUGCAAAUGUGAUGAAGGCUGCUGGAGCUCUUAUUGAGGGUGAGUAUCCUAAAAUAUUUUGGACACCUUGUGUUGUCCACACUCUCAAUCUAGCUUUGAAGAAUAUUUGUGCAGCAAAAAACAUUGAAAAGAAUGAAGUUACAUAUGAGGAAUGUAGUUGGAUUACACGUGUUGCUGAUGAUGCAUCCUUCAUACGAGUUUUUAUCAUGAACCAUUCUAUGAGGUUGGCAAUGUUUAAUGAAUUUUGUCCAUUAAAAUUGCUCCAAGUUGCUGAUACUAGGUUUGCUUCGGUGGUUGUAACAUUGAAAAGGUUGAAGUUGAUAAAAAGAUGCCUUCAAGCCAUGGCUAUUAGUGACCAAUGGGCUUCUUAUAGGGAGGAUGACGUUGGAAAAGCUCAAAAGGUGAAAGAUAUGAUUCUAAGUGAUCUUUGGUGGGAUAAUAUUGAUUAUAUCCUUGAAUUCACGGCACCCAUUUAUGAUAUGCUACGAAUAGCCGACACAAAUAAGCCUUGUCUUCAUCUUGUGUAUGAGAUGUGGGAUUCCAUGAUAGAGAAGGUGAAAGCAAUGAUAUAUCGGCAUGAAGGCUUGGAAGAUGAUCAAUAUAGCUCAUUUUGGGUUGUGGUGUAUGAUAUACUCAUUGAUCGGUGGACUAAAAAUUCUACACCACUACAUUGCUUGGCUCAUUCCUUAAAUCCUAAGUAUUAUUCCAUUGAAUGGAUUUCGGAGAAUCCAAAACGCAUCCCUCCACAUCGGGAUCAUGAAAUUUCUAUGGAAAGAAGCAAGUGUUUGGAGCGAUACUUUGAAGAUGAGAAUGACUUAACGGUGGUGAAGUAUGAGUUUGCUAAAUUUUCAGGAGGGAGGUUUCCUUCACCAAGUGCCUUGACGGAUAGGUGGACCUUACUACCUUUGGUUUGGUGGCAAUACCAUGGCUCCGCAUUUCCAACUCUUCAAACCCUUGCCCUUAAACUUCUUGGACAACCUUGCUCAUCCUCAUGUGCUGAGAGAAAUUGGAGCACGUACAAAUUCAUUCAUUCCUUAAAAAGAAACAAAAUGGCUCCUGCACGCGCUGAGGAUUUGGUAUAUGUGCAUUCUAAUCUUCGACUCUUGUCAAGGCGCAAUGAAGAGUACAUACAUACCGCAACAAAGAUGUGGGAUAUUGCAGGAGACUUUUGGAAUGAGAGCGACAUGCAUGGAGGAGCUGGAAUUCUUGAGAAUGCAGCUCUUACACUUGAUGAGCCAGAGUUGGAGGCUAUAGUUAUUGGGAAUGUUAACACUAGUGCUACUACUAGUGAAAGUGAAGUUCGAAGUGAAGCUAUUGAUCUUGAGGAUGAUGAUAUUUGUGUUUGA